AUGUCGGUAAGAAAUCGUACGGCACUCGGUCCCGGCAAGAUAAGCCCAGAACACUUGAAGAACCUUCCACCAGUACUCAUCAACACCUUGGCGAGGCUCUUUACAUGUUACCUGUUGGAAUGCAAGGUUCCUAAACAGUGGAAGAUCACCAAGACCGUGUUACUGUUUAAGAAAGGAGACCCACAAGACAUCGGCAACUAUCGCCCAAUCUGCUUACUGUCUGUCAUCUACAAGCUAUUCACAAGAGCAGAAGCGGUCAUGGAGGCUUCGGACAACCAAGGGAUCCCUACUCAGUACAUAAAGGUACUUCGAGAGUUGUACAGUAACUUCACCACCAGAGUUUCACCAUACUACAAGAAUAUCAUUGUUGACUUGAAGAGGGGGGUCCGACAGGGUGAUACAAUCUCACCCAGAAUAUUCACAGCCACCCUCGAGAACGCAAUGCGAAAGUUGGAAUGGGACGACAUGGGAAUGAAGGUUGAUGGUGGCCUCAGCCAAGCGGAACGAAUGCUGACCGAAUUCGACGAGACAUGUGGAUGUAUCGGUCUUCAGCCGAAUCUCCAAAAUACGAUAUUUACGCCUAACGAAUGCAUCACGGGUGUCCCCAUUUACGCUCUAACGGAACGAACAUAUCCGAAUGCACCAGCUACCGUGAAACUUCAACGUGUUGUCAAUCUUCUAUCGAAGCUGGCUGCAGCCUAUGGACUACGUCUACGCCUUGGUAAGAUAUGGAAUAGCGACGAAUGGAUUGAUUCUGUGCAAGCUCUGGCAGAAGAUCGAGAAGGUUGGGCAGAGCUGUGUUCAAGGACGGCACACCUCAGCGAAGAUGCGGGUAAUCGCGUCAAACGAUGA